AGCGGCACCAGCAGAGUAUAACAUUUUCUGGCCGCAGUCGAUAUCCUAGCACGGACCGUAACGCGUCAGUAUCCCCGCGUUGUAGCCUGGGAGGUGAUAAAAAGCGGGAUACGGUUGUACACUUGGAGACGUAUAGAUACGCAUUGGGAUAAAUAUCCACGACGGAUAAGAAGAAUAGGGGCGAAAGCGUAUCCGUCGAAGGUGAAGGAUCACGACGAGUGCGUUGGGAUCGAGACUCGGUGGCGGGAAAAACGUAGCAGUCAUUGAGGAGUAAUCGUAUUCCUCGGAGGUUCAUUGACUUGGCAAAAGUAAGGGAAAGGAGAAACGAGGCCAGCGGAUAAACCGUUCGAGUAUCAUCGUUUUUUAGGAUAUCCAACGGGCCCGAGAAGAUAAAGGCAGGCAGGCAGGCGAGGCACUCCGUACACACAUCGAAUUGAUCCAGGUGAAAUGGCGUGGGGCUAUUGGAGCGCGACUUCCGUCGGUGACAGGGGUCGUUCACCGAGACGUGACAAGGACAAGCAGACUCUUCAGCAGCAAACCCAGCAGCAACAGCAACAACAAUUGCACGAGACCCCCGGCGUCGAUGCCCCCUUGCAGAGCUGCUCCGGCGUGCAGCAACUGCAGCAAGUAUCCGUCGAGCUUGGCAACGUCCAGACCGGCGAAGAACAUCAAAGUCUUUCCUCACAGCUACCCGGUGCGAGCGCACCCUACUCGUACACCGUGGCAGCUGCGGCCGCCGCCGCUGCCGCCGCGGCUGGACGACGUACCCCGGCCAAUAUUGACAUUGGCGGUGGCACGUCCUCCAGCUCCGGUAUAAUGCACGUUCUCCCGAGGGACCUCCAUCAGCGACCCGGUACCAGCAAUUAUCCUUCGUCACCCGGUGGCAGCGACUCCGCGGAGUACGAACAGCCGACCAUCGCCCUGCACAGUGCAUACGUCCAGCAGCACGACGACGAUUCGCCCUUGGACAUCGACGGCAUCCUCGUACCACCCCCACCGGCACCAGCUCAAUCCGCAUCUUUGCGCGCCUCGACCAGAAUCAAAAUGUUCCGCGGCGACGAACACGACGGGGACAUUACCGAUCCUGAGUUCGAGGACGACGUCGCCGUUGCUGAACUCAUAUACGCCUCCAAUAGAAACGCUGCUGCGGCGGCUGCCGCAGCCGGAUUGCCGUCCGGUGGCUGUCGUCUGCACGGACCAUGCGGUCAAAUCCCUGAUACGACUGCCUCCAUCUCUUCUCUCAUCAGUGAAACUUAUCCGGCUGGUUCACUCGCUACUUAUUCCUCUCAGGGAUGGCUCAACGACAUCACUUGGGUUUUUCCAAAUGUACCGCCAGCACCAGGAAUGCCAUGCCAGGGCGAAGAUAGGAACAUCUACAGACGCGGAGCUCGACGAUGGAGGAAAUUGUACAGGGUGAAUGGUCACAUAUUUCAAGCCAAACGUUUCAAUCGACGAGCAUUUUGCGCGUUCUGUCAAGAUCGAAUAUGGGGCCUGGGACGACAAGGAUUCAAGUGCAUUCAGUGUAAACUUCUCGUUCACAAAAAAUGUCACAAAGUCGUACGAAAACCGUGUCUGAGCAUCCAACAGCAGCAACAAACACAGUCCGGUGAACAACAAACGGCCGACAGAAAUGGCGAUCAACCACCGCCCGAUUCGCCACAGUCGAGUCCUCCGGCGCAUUUGGAAGAUGAGGCCGCAGAAUCCCUGGCAGCGGAGGAACAUCCGCGCCAUCGCCCGUCGAGCGAGGAUGGCGAAGAGUUGGCACUGGAUAUGAUUGCCGGUGCUGAUGGCAACAGCGGGAUGCUGAGACAGUAUUCGUUGAGUGACUUCGAGCUAAUUAGGGUUAUCGGACGUGGUUCGUACGCGAAGGUGCUAAUGGUCGAGUUAAAGCGUACCAAGAGAAUUUACGCUAUGAAAGUAAUAAAGAAGGCUCUCGUUACCGACGAUGAGGACAUCGAUUGGGUACAAACGGAAAAGCACGUUUUCGAGACCGCCUCCAAUCAUCCUUUCCUCGUUGGAUUACAUUCGUGCUUCCAGACCCCUUCUCGUCUAUUUUUCGUAAUCGAGUUUGUACGCGGUGGCGAUCUUAUGUUCCACAUGCAGAGGAAACAUCGUCUUGAGGAGGAUCACGCGAGAUUUUAUGCUGCCGAGAUAAGCCUUGCAUUAAACUUCUUACAUCAAAAAGGAAUUAUAUAUCGGGAUUUGAAAUUGGACAAUGUACUGCUCGAUCACGAGGGUCACGUAAAAUUGACUGAUUACGGUAUGUGCAAAGAGGGUGUACGUGAGGGUGACACGACAGCAACAUUUUGCGGUACACCGAACUACAUAGCACCCGAAAUAUUGCGGGGCGAGGACUAUGGAUUUUCCGUUGACUGGUGGGCGCUCGGAGUUUUGCUCUACGAAAUGUUGGCUGGACGAAGUCCUUUUGAUAUUGCGGGUGCAUCGGAAAAUCCUGAUCAAAAUACCGAGGAUUACCUGUUCCAAGUUAUUCUUCAAAAGACAAUUCGUAUACCACGAUCAUUGUCCGUAAAAGCGGCUUCCGUCCUCAAGGGCUUCCUUUCCAAAAACCCUCUCGAGAGACUCGGAUGCAGUCGCGGAUCUUCAGCUUUCCUUGAUAUUGUUAGCCAUCCAUUCUUUAAGGCCAUCGAUUGGGAUAUGCUGGAGCAGAAGCAGGUCACACCGCCGUAUAAGCCGCGCUUGGAGUCUGAUCGGGAUUUGGCAAACUUCCCACCCGAAUUCACGGAUGAGCCCAUUCAUCUGACUCCCGACGAUCCAAGAGUAAUCGACAAAAUCGACCAAAGUGAGUUCGAGGGUUUCGAGUACGUGAAUCCUUUGUUAAUGUCUCUGGAGGAUUGCGUGUGACAAGAGCCGCUGUUUCUUGUACAACAGCAACAGCAAGAAGAAUAUCAACGAAGACAGCAGUGUUACAUUUACGAGCUACAGGACAAACUUGCGAUGUUAAGAUUCGAUCAGUUUCACAAUAUAAGCUCAAUCGGCCAUAGUCAGCACAAC